GAAAGCAUAGGGGCGUGUGGGGAAGAGGGGCGGGAGGCCGCAUGUAGCGGGUACUGGGCUGGGAUCCCGUGAGGAACCUGCUCUUCCCUCUGUCCCGACCCUGCCUGCUGGUCCAGCCCACCAGUCCAGCGCCAUCACCAUGGAAACCAGCAGCCGACUUCCUAUUGGUGGGCGGGAGAAGACAGGGAGGGGGAGGGGAGGGCUGGCUCUCCCCUGCUCAUCACCCCCAUUCUGAGGCUCAGCCCUCCUCUGCGCCCACCAUCUCGGGGCUCCGGGACUGUAGGGGACCCUUGCAGUCCCCAGAGCUGAGGCCAGCAGGGACAGAGACUAUGAGGCAAGCAGCCCACCGACCCAGGCCUCCUUAGGACCAGCCGACUGCCCAGCAAGCGGGAGAGCAGCAGCAGAGAGAGGGGCAGGGGAUAAAGGACCACAAUGGACGGACGGUCGAGGAUCACCCCCAGCAGCUCCCGCACACCCUAGCCAGGCUGAGGGUCGUGACGGAUAGCCAGACUCACAGACGCUGACGGACACACAAUGACACCGAUGCACACGGCUGCACAACACUGAGCUGCUCAGACACAACCAGUGACAGCAUCACACACUGCCACAGCCCUGCAAUACAGACACCCACACACAUACAGAAACAACUGGUAACUCCGAAACAGGCAGACGGUGACACACAGAGCCACUACCCCCAGCACACACGAGUGGGGGCACCUGUCCUCCAAACACACACAAGACAGCGCUGACCUGAACAGACAGGGCUGGAGACACACGCAAACCCUCAGCCAGGCGCUGCUGUUGGUGGCCUCUGCACAUCCUCCCUGCCCCCACGGGGACACCCUCGCUCCUCCACACACCCGCGCACACACAUAGCCACGAGCAAACAUAGCUCGCAUACCCCUAGCUUCAGCUCUGGAAGCUCGGACUCCUGCAGCCUCCUUUGUGGGUGAGGAAGAACAGCCAACCUCGGAUGGAGCCUCGGUGAAGCCAAGAGCUCAGAGAGGAAAGGGUCUGGCCUGGCAUGACCCUCGCCAGCCCCUCCAUUUGGCUGGGUGAUGUCCCCCGGCCUGGGUCCUGGGGCCCCUUGGCAGUAUCAUGGAGCAACUGACACCUCUCCCACAGCUGGGGGACCCCAGAGCCAUGGAGCCAUGGGCCCUGCCCGCCUGGCAGAACUGGACUCCAGGCCAGGGGAGCGAACCCGGAGGCGCAGCCCCAAGCAUUGCUGAGAUCCCGGCAGCUGGGCAGGUUGGAGAGCUGAGGCCCGGGGAGAGCUCCGAGCCGGAGCCUGAGGGAGCCCAGAGCCCCGGGGCUAUGGGGGGCAUUGACCCUGAAGGAACCAAAACCGGGCUGAACAGCCUGGGGCACCAAGCAGCAAGCUCCAGACCCAGCUGCCCAAGGCUGGAGGACGAGGAGGUGGAGGCUCUCCCUAAGGGCAAGCUGAGCAUGGGCUUUGGGGACAGGCCCAAUCUGGAGCUGCUGAGGGCCCUGGGGGAGCUGCAGCAGCGCUGUGCCAUCCUUAAGGAGGAAAAUCAGAUGCUGAGGAAGAGCAGCUUCCCUGAGACAGAGGAGAAGGUGCGGAGGCUGAAGCGGAAGAAUGCCGAGCUGGCGGUCAUUGCCAAGCGUCUGGAGGAGAGGGCCCGGAAGCUGCAGGAGACUAACCUGAAGGUGGUGAGUGCCCCUGUGCCCCGUCCUGGGGCCAGCUUGGAGUUGUGCCGGAAGGCCCUGGCCCAUCAGCGAGCCCGGGACCUCAGUGAGACAGCCAGCGCCCUGCUGGCUAAGGACAAGCAGAUUGCUGCCUUGCAGCGGGAGUGCAGGGAGCUGCAGGCCAGGCUCACCCUGGUUGGCAAGGAGGGCCCCCAGUGGCUCCACGUGAGGGACUUCGACCGGCUGCUCCGCGAGUCCCAGCGGGAGGUGCUGCGGCUGCAGAGGCAGAUCGCCCUGCGCAACCAGCAGGAGCCACCCCCGCCGCCCCGGCCCCCGGGCCCCGCUGCCCCGGCCAGAGCAGGGGCGCCCGCCCCCGGGGCCCCGGGAGAGGCCAGGCUCCAAGAGGAUGUGGAAAACCCACCCACGGGCCUAGGGGAGCCAGAGAAACAGCAGAGGGUGCAGCAGCUGGAGUCAGAGCUCAGCAAGAAGCGAAAGAAAUGCGAGAGCCUGGAGCAGGAAGCCCGGAAAAAGCAGAGGCGAUGUGAGGAGCUGGAACUGCAGCUGAGAGAAGCCCAGAAUGAGAAUGCCCGCCUCGUGGAGGAGAAUUCUCGGCUCAGUGGGAGAGCCACGGAAAAAGAGCAGGUGGAGUGGGAGAAUGCAGAGCUGAGGGGCCAGCUCCUGGGGGUGACACAGGAGAGGGACUCGGCCCUUCGCAAGAGCCAGGGCCUGCAGAGCAAGCUGGAGAGCCUGGAGCAGGUGCUGAAGCACAUGCGGGAGGUGGCCCAGCGGAGGCAGCAGCUCGAGGUGGAGCAUGAGCAGGCUCGGAUCAGCCUGCAGGAGAAGCAGGAGGAGGUCCGGAGGCUGCAGCAGGCCCAGGCAGAAGCCAAGAGGGAACAUGAAGGCGCUGUGCAGCUGCUGGAGUCGACCCUGGAUUCCAUGCAGGUCCGGGUUCGAGAGCUGGAAGAGCAGUGCCGCAGCCAAACAGAGCGCUUCAGCCUCCUGGCACAGGAGCUCCAGGCCUUCCGCCUGCACCCUGGCCCCUUGGAUCUACUCACCUCUGCCUUGGGCUACAGUACCCUUGGGGACCACCCACCACCCCCCUGCUGCUGCUCUACCCCCUACCCCUGCCGUGGGUCUGGCCCCAAAGACCUUGACCUCCCUCCGGGCUCUCCUGGGCGCUGCACCCCAAAGUCUUCUGAGCCUGUCCCUGCAACCGUUGUCGGGGUCCCUCGAAGGACGGCCAAGAAGGCAGAGUCCCUCUCCAACUCCUCUCGCUCUGAAUCCGUCCACAACAGCCCCAAGUCAUGCCCCACACCCGAGGUGGACACAGCCAGUGAGGUGGAGGAGCUGGAGGCAGACAGUGUCUCCCUGCUCCCAGCAGCACCGGAGGGCAGCCGCGGAGGAGCCAGGAUCCAGGUGUUCCUAGCACGCUAUAGCUACAACCCCUUCGAGGGCCCCAAUGAGAACCCAGAGGCAGAGCUUCCGCUUACUGCUGGCGAGUACAUCUACAUCUAUGGCAACAUGGACGAGGAUGGCUUUUUUGAAGGGGAGCUCAUGGAUGGCCGAAGGGGCCUGGUCCCUUCCAAUUUUGUAGAGCGUGUGUCCGACGAUGACCUCCUGACCUCCCUCCCUCCGGAGCUGGCCGAUUUGUCCCACAGCUCAGGCCCCGAACUCAGUUUCCUGAGUGCAGGCGGGGGUGGCAGCAGUAGCGGGGGCCAGAGCAGCGGGGGACGCAGCCAGCCCAGACCUGAGGACGAGGCUGCGGGGGACGAGCUCAGUCUGAGCCCCCAGCCUGAGGGCCUGGGCGGGCCCCCCGCUGUGCCUUACCCGCGGGGUCUGGUGGUCCUCAGGCAGCUGGCCCACAGUGUGGUGCUGGCCUGGGAGCCGCCUCCUGAGCGAGUGGAGUUACGCGGCUACCAUAUCUGCGUGAACGGGGAGCUGCGUCAGGCCCUGGGGCCGGGGGUGCCCCCCAAGGCUGUGCUCGAGAACCUGGACCUGCGGGCCGGGCCCCUCCGUGUUUCUGUGCAGGCCCUGACCAGCCAGGGCAGCUCCGACCCUCUGCGCUGUUGCUUGGUGGUGGGUACCCGGGCCGGGGUGGUACCUAGCCAGCUGCGGGUCCAUCGACUGACAGCCACGUCUGCUGAGAUCACCUGGGUGCCCGGCAAUAGCAACUUGGCCCAUGCCGUCUACCUCAAUGGGGAAGAGUGCCCCCCUGCCCGCCCCAGCACCUACUGGGCCACCUUCUGUCACCUGCGGCCUGGUACUCUCUAUCAGGCCCGAGUGGAGGCUCAGCUCCCACCUCGAGAGUCCUGGGAACCAGGCUGGGAAAGGCCGGAGCAGCGGGCUGCCACCCUGCAGUUCACCACACUCCCAGCAGGCCCACCUGAUGCCCCCCUGGAUGUGCAGAUUGAGCCGGGACCCUCCCCUGGAAUCUUGAUCAUCAGCUGGCUCCCAGUAACAAUUGAUGCUGCUGGCACUUCCAAUGGCGUCCGGGUCACGGGCUAUGCCAUCUAUGCUGAUGGGCAAAAGAUCAUGGAGGUGGCGUCACCCACGGCAGGCAGCGUGCUGGUGGAGCUGUCCCAGCUGCAGCUGAUGCAAGUGUGCCGUGAGGUGGCUGUGCGCACCAUGUCACCCCACGGCGAGUCAGCUGACUCCAUUCCAGCUCCUGUCCCCCCAGCCCUAGUGGCGGCCUGCCUACCAGCCACGGUCUCUUGCCCCUCACCGCGGCCGGGCUCGGAAGCCAGACCACCCCUUGCUCCAGCCUCCCCGGGGCCUGGAGACCCCAGCUCUCCCCUCCGGCGCCCUGACCCCCACGGAACUCGAGAGCCCCCCGGGGCCCCCCCAGCAAGCCCUCCCAGAGAGGCAGCAAAAGGAUCCCCCGAGGAGCCCCCAGCACCUUGCUCCCAGGAGGAGGCUGGGGCAGCUGUGCUGGGCUCCUCAGAGGACGGGAGGGCCAGCGAGCCAGCUGUGGGAGAGAGAGCUCCUGACCCUGCAGCUUCACCGCUGGCCCAGGAAGAGGCCCUUCUGGCACCCUGCUCCACCCAAGGAGCUCUCGCCCAGCGGGUGCCCUGUGCUGAGGCCUGCCGCGGAGGAGAGGCAGGGUCUGGGCUGAGGCCCAGGGCUGAGAGGGAGGACACGGCAGAGCUCGGGGUCCGUCUGGUGAACUCCCUUGUGGACCAUGGCCGCAAUUCAGAUCUCUCAGACAUCCAAGAGGAAGAGGAGGACGAGGAGGAGGAAGAGGACCUGAGUUCCAGGACUUGCUCUUUCCAGAAGCAGGUUGUUGGCAACAGCAUCGGGGAGAAUGGGGCCAAGCCCCAGCCCCAGCCUGACCCCUUCUGUGAGACCGACAGCGACGAGGAGAUCUUGGAGCAGAUCCUGGAGCUGCCCCUCCAGCAGUUCUGCAGCAAGAAGCUUUUUAGCAUCCCUGAAGAGGAAGAAGAGGAGGACGAGGAAGAUGAGGGGGAGGAUGAGGAAGACGAGGAGAGGCCAGGGGCAGGCUGUUCUUCUCGAGACCCCGGCCCACCCGAGUCUGCAUUGCUGGGGCUGGGCUGUGACAGUGGUCAGCCUCGAGGACCUGGCCUGUGUCCCUUGUCUCCAGAGCCCUGCAGGGGUGGCGACCGCCUGGAAGACAUACCCGGACUAGUUGGUGGAAGCAUCCGGAGGAAAGGAAGUGGCUCCCCUGAGAAGCCCCCAAACCGCAGGCGGUCCCCAGAUCCCCGUGAACACUGCAGCCGACUUCUCAGCAACGGCGGGCCCCAGGCCUCCGGACGACCGGGCCCCACACGGGAGAGGGGCAGCCCCCCUGUGGGCGAGGGGACCAAGGGUGUGCCAGAGGCUGGUGGGAGAGGGCGGCCGGCCCCUUCCCGGAGAUGCUCCCGUGGCCGGGCUCCAGAAUCUAGCCUGGCCGGCUGCUUCUCCCCCAAGUGCUUGGAAAUCAGCAUCGAAUAUGAUUCUGAGGACGAGCAGGAGGCGGGCAGCGGUGGCAUCAGCAUCACCAGCUCCUGCUACCCUGGAGAUGGGGAGGCCUGGGGCACGGCCCCCGUAGGAAGGUCCAGGGGGCCUCUGAAGGCCAAUUCGGGCCCCACCCCCUACCCACGCCUUUCGGCCUGGGAGAAGGGGGAGCCAGAGCGGAGAGGCCGCGGUGCGACUGGCAGAGCCAAGGAGCCACCCUCCCGGGCAACAGAGACUGGGGAGCCCAGAGGGCAGGACAGCUCUGGGCGGAGGGGCCCCCUGCGGAGAGGGGCCCAGGCCCCCAGGACGGGCGGUACCGAGUUGGCCUCUCUGAGGAGCCCCCAGGCAGAAGCGCCAGUUUACCAGGACAUACCUGUCAGGGCCUUUGUGGCUCUGUUUGACUAUGACCCGGUGUCAAUGUCACCCAACCCUGACGCUGGGGAAGAGGAGCUCCCCUUCCGGGAGGGCCAGAUCCUGAAGGUGUUUGGGGACAAGGAUGCCGAUGGCUUCUACCGCGGUGAAGGUGGGGGUCGGACAGGCUACAUCCCCUGCAACAUGGUGGCUGAGGUGGCUGUGGACAGUCCCACAGAGAGACAGCAGCUGCUCCAGCGGGGUUAUUUGUCCCCAGAUAUUCUCACUGAAGGCUCAGGGAAUGGUCCCUUUGUGUACUCUACAGCCCGCACAGCUGGGCCUCCCCCCAAGCCCCGCCGCUCCAAGAAAGCUGAGGCAGAAGGCUCUGCCCAACCCUGUGCAGGCCGCCCCCAGCAGGUCUCCUCUGCCAGCUUGAAAUCCUCCCGUUCCAUGGUGGCUGCAUUUGACUACAACCCUCGGGAGAGCUCCCCCAACAUGGAUGUGGAGGCAGAGCUGCCCUUCCGGGCAGGCGACAUCAUUACUGUGUUCGGUGACAUGGACGAUGAUGGUUUCUACUAUGGGGAGCUCAAUGGACAGAGGGGCUUGGUUCCAUCCAACUUCCUGGAGGGCCCUGGACCUGAGGCGGGCAGCUCAGACAGGGAGCCUGGGACAUCCCAGGCCGAGAGUCAGGACUGGGCCAGCUCAGCACAAGGGCCCCUACUGCCCAGAGGCUGGUCCUGUGCCCCUGGCCCUGGCAGCUUCCCCACAAUUGAACUGGGGGGGCCACAGGGCACAAGCGAGAAGGUGUGGGGUCUCCUCUCCAAGGGAAAGCAGCUCCUAAGGAAACUGGGCUCUGGGAAGAAGGAGUGAUGCUGUGGCCCAUCCUGCAGGCAGAAGCGGCCCCCUGAGGCCCCUGGGGUCACGGGGUGGGGAAGGCCUUGGACGCCCAUUCUUCUGAGUUAACAUUGUGGCACUUGGAUGGGAAUCAGAGACUCUUUGAAGGUCAGAGCUAGAUGAGUCCUCAAGGAUGAAUCCUCUGGAGGGGCACCUUCCUCUUAUAGGAGGGUAAACUGAGCCGCAGAAUGAGGAAAUCACUCGGUCAAGGUUGCUGAGCACCUCAGUCACAGAGCCAGGACCUGUGACUCUCCGUCCAUCCACCUAUGCCUACUUUCCCGCCACACGAUGCUAGUCCCUUCUUUGAUCCUCCCCGCUCCGAUGGCGCAGGCUAUCCUGACAUGUCUUCCUUUCCCUGAAGGCAAGUUUGCACUGGAUCCCCUGGAGCCCCCCUCCCCACGGGGCAGGCGGGCGGAACCCUGUAUAUAUGUACAUACUCAGUGCCUCAGUCCAGCCUCCUCCACCUCGCUUCCACCGCACAGGCCCAGGAAGGAGACAGGCCAUGCCAAAGCGGGCCUAACCCCGCUCCAUAGUGCUCCACCCCUCCCUGCCAGCCCGGCCUCCUGGCCCCUGUGUGUCCCACCCCCAAAGGCCCUGGGGCCAGCGGGCAGAAAGCAGGAGUUGGGUUUGCCUUAUUUUGCUCAUUGGAUUCAACUUCUCGUUUGCAUCAUUUUCCUCUGGCCCCUGUUGGAGUCUGGGGGCUGAGGAAGAGGACAGAUUUAUGCAGCUAUUUUCAUACAUUCCCUGUCCAGAAUGGGGUAGAGAGCUCUCCACCCUUACCCUCACCACCCCCUCUAACCCUGCGGCUGGGUGAGUGUCUCUGCAUGUUUCCUUCACUGUGGUGGGAGAUCGUUCAACUGAACCCCCACCCCCGGCCUUGGUCUCCAGGGGUGUGGAAUGGUGGGGGUAUUUGUUUAAAAAGACAUUUUAUUAUAAUAAAGUCUAUUUUCACAA